AUGGGCAAACACUUAUUAUACUGGGACACAUCUGGUACAAUAGUAGCAUAUCACUGCAUUCUUUAUAAUCCAAUUAAAAGAACGUGGAAUUUCUGUUGGACAGGUGAGGUAUCAGGUGAAAACGUGUCCGCGAGCUCUGGACCACGUGGCGGCGAUCGUGGAGAGGCGACUGAUUUAGGCACACACACGGAAAACAACGACGGGGCCACCCUGGCCGCGAAUACAGCGGUAGACGCCAGGGGCGGAAGCCCCCAGGGUGCCCACCUUUCCGGUGCGGCCACCCCAAGACCUCCGAGGGGCAGAAGGCGGCAGAACCAGAAUGGUCUCGACACUACUCAAGUUAAAACAGAACGCCUCACUCCAGACAAUAAUUCAACGUCAUCAAGGAGCGUGACGCCCUCGUCGUCUAGCCAUCCAGGAACGCCGCCAAAUGCUACCCCUUUGGGUGGACCUGAGGGCCCACCACCACCCCAUCACCUCAAACACAUGGAGCAGAUGAUGGGACGGAAUUAUAGCGAUUUCAUGAGAAGUCUCGCUGCCAAGUACAACAACGCCAACCCUAAUGAUUACUUCAGUUCGCCCAGGAACGGCUACCCUCCUGGUUUAGACCCAAGGUUUCCGGCGUUCAAAACUGCCGCGACACCUUUCGUCGGUUUAAUGGCACCCUUGGGUGCACCUCAGCCAUCGACCGUGUCGACCACCUCACCCCUUUCCAGCAAAGACCCGAAAGAGCAGAAGCAGGACAGUUUGUUUGGCAACCCCGUGUUCCCACCGAUGCUGGAUAUGUCGUCGACGCAAGCGCUUUUGCACAUGGUGAGGACCGCAAAUGCCGCCCAGAAUGCAGCAGAGCUGGAAACGUACCUUAAAGGUGCCAACAAAAGAGACGCCGGAGUGACGAGUCCCCUGGAUCUCUCGAGUCCAGGCGGCUUCGCUCCUCGCAAAAGGCAAAGGGCGGAGACCAGGAGAGCGGGAAGCGUUUCUCCAAAACCGAAACCAACCCCUCGACCCACCACACCACCCCCAGUCAGGUGUCCAUCUUUAUGUGGACACAUGCCCUGCGGCGAUGGACAGGCUGUCAAUCGAUGGACCAUCGAGGACGUCGUUAAUUACGUGUCGUCGAUCGACAUUUGCGCAGAAUACGCACAGAAUUUCCGUGAACACCGCAUCGACGGAGCAGCGUUGCCCCUUCUCUCGGAGGACCACCUAACCGGUCCCAUGGGAAUGAAGUUAGGCCCAGCACUGAAGUUACGUGCCCUGCUGGCUCGGAAGUUAGGCGCUUGCACGGUCUGUUUGCACUGUGCACACUGUCAUCAGACACCUCUGCCAGCGUUGAACGCUGCCGCUGCCGCUGCAGCCGCCUCGCAACAGCAACACCAGCAGCAACAACAGCAGCAACAGAUGCCUGGCAGGCGGCCAAGCAGCACGGGGAACUGA